AUGGCAGAUCGGUUCCCUUCAAUUGAAGACAUUGAUGCGGGAGAGACAGAUGUCCGCCCCGAUCCGGCCGCCCAAGGUAGCUUUCUCGAGCGCGAACGGGCGCUGCUGGGAGAGGACGCCGAACUCUUCAGUGCCAACGACAGACCUGGUGCUGCUACGGUCGAAGACGGCGACGAUGAUCUAUUAGGCGGCGAUGGCGACUUCACAUCUGCUCCGGCACAGCCAGCAGGCGGCGACGGACAACUGGAUCUGGACGACUUUGAAAGCUCCUUUCCUGUCAUUGACACCCGAAACGAGAGCGUCGCACCGGGCGGUACCAUAACCGAUUCGACCUCCUUCGGCGGCUACACAAACUAUACUGCUCCAGCACAAGACGAAGACACCGAACCCAUCCGCGAAUGGCGAGCCAAACGGGACGCCGAAAUCGCCCGUCGCGACGAAGCCAGCCAACGCAAGAAGGAAGAGACCGUGUCCACCGCACAAAAGGACAUCGAUUCGUUCUACGAGUCCUACAACCGGAAAGUCGACAAGCAAAAGGCGCAGACCGCCAAAGAGGCCGAGGAGUUUCUGGCAAAGAGGGAAGACACCACCGCCGGCGGCACGGCCUGGGAGAGGAUUGCCAAGCUGGUCGACUUGAGCGGGAAAGGCCAGUCGGGCGGUGGGGACGGAAGCUCCAAGAAGAGAAUGCGCGACCUGCUCCUGAGUCUGAAAGCCGACAAGGACGCGCCGGGCGCGGCGGGAGUCUAA